AUGCUGCAGGGCAUCUGUUUGCAAUCGAAGGGGCUGUUGAAGAGUCCGGAGGGAGGGGACUCGCAUCACCUGCUCGGUCCUGCAGAGGAACACCACUUUUACCACCGUGCCCAUUUUGCUCCCUGGCAGCUGUCGCCUUUGCUUGUGGACAAUGAAGUUGUGGUCACUGGCACGCGAGUGAUUCUCACGGAAAGCCGCGUUGCACGACUGGACUUCAAGCACGUUGGCUUCUCAAGCGCCUGCGCCAGUUGGAAACAAGAAUCGUUCGACCGAGAUGUCGUUCGAGGUUACGAAGCCAAGCGGGUGGUUCCGAAGUUCCGCCAGCUCCUUCUACCUGUGCUGGGCCUCGUGUGGUGUACCUUGGUCCUGUUUGAGAUGUCUCCCAACGUUCUGGACAUCGUUCACGACCUGGUCAUCUUGCUGCCAAUUGAGCACACGCUGUGGCUGGUUGGUGGCUCUUGUCGGAAUCUCCCGGUCUGUAAACAUUCUCUUGCAAAGCCCCUGCACCUUGCGUCAGAUGCCAUCAAGCGAUUCAGGCCCAGUCCACAAGAAAAUUCUCCCCAGACGUGGGCGGAAGCAGGGGUACGUGCAGGCUACAAGAACAAACGAUAUGAGCACGUGAGCUUCCUGCAGCCAGAUCCAUCUUCGUUGGCGACAUUAGCGACGUUCAACAUAUCAGAGGACAGCCGCGGGUUCAGCAGGCCACCUGGUGAAGACGAGUGCCAGAGCUUUACGCCGUGGAGAGACGUGGAGGGCAAUGAUUGUGAGAAAUACUCAGAGCCGGGAUGGCUGAUGUCUUGCCAUGAUCUGCGCAGUGUGGAAGAGCGCACGGACAAUCUGGAUGAGCGGCGAGAUUCUGAUCUGAAUCUGUCUCCACGGGAGGCAUGCUGCAGCUGUGGUGGCUCGAAUGUUACUGGGCGUGCGCUCGCAAUCAGCAAACUCGCGAGCUCUGUGUUUGCCGUCCUGGAAUCCAUUGACAACUCUCGGGAAAUGAAGUCUCAACUUCCUGCAGCAAUCGUGGCGACCGUAAAGGAGGCUGUUGACAGCACCGAUGGGAAGGAGUUGUUGGAGAGUCGACUCCUGCACUUGAGCAACCGGGUGUUGGCAGACGCAGGGCGCUUGGCGGGCCACAGCGAAGCUCAUCUCUAUUUUGAACGGUCAGACGAGGUGGUUCCCGCUUUGGAGCUGUUGUCGAUGUUGUUCCCAUCUGUCUCGGCAGUGGUAGUAGCUCGAAAGAAGAUGGAUCAAGACCCCGGAACGCAGCGGCAGCUGCAGGAGCUGCAGGACACGGCGACACGAGCAGCUUCGUAUGUGCGCGAACGCUCCAAGGGCAUGCUGGAGAUUGGAACGGCACUGCUCAGCCACUACAUGAGAGCUCUGAGCUGCUUCUGGAGGAUCUACUUCCUGGCUGUUCCGAUCCGGGUUCGAAUCCAAGAUGUGAGGAUAAAUAUUUUGGGCCGCAGCGGCAGAUCGAAAUGCCAGAGGUUCUUAUGCAGAGUCGUUACCAUUCCGAACGUCUCAGUGGAUUUUUCCUGCCCACAGAGCGUGUCAGCGAAUUCGCUGCAGCACUCAGAGGGGGUGGAAGGUGCGGAAGACAAGUCAUGCUGCUUCGAUUGCUUCGUCUUGCGACUCAAUGCACAGAGCAUCUGUGCGGCGGCCUGCAGCCCUGCUUUGAAGCGCAGUUGCCCCGCGCGCUCCGAUGCGUUGCGCGGGGCUUCUGCUCUGGUUAUUCGUGCAGGCACCUUGGGAACGCUUGCACCGCCUGUGCAGGGCCAGUUUGAGAAGCAGCGAUCCGUGGUGCAGGCCCCUCUGAGUGCCGUCCAGCGGCGAACCGUCGAUGCCUUUGGCAACCCUGUGCCGGACAGCGUGGCGAUCCCGAACAUCCCACGGGCAAAGCCACCUGCACGGGUGACCUCCUCUGCAGGUUACCUGGAACUGGAGCUUGUCUUGGAGACAGUGGAUCUCCAAGCAGAGUGCGAGGUGUUCCGAAACGAUGCAGACGAGACGGAGCCGUCGAUAUCCUGCUUCAAAGGCUCCUGUGUCACUUUGGUCAAGCUGGCCAGCUUGAAAGUGGAUGCGCGCUACAUGUUCACCAUGCAUUCCGUCCGAAAGGUCACGGAUGGCGUGACGGGUCAGGUCUUCGAAUUUCAUGGCCCUCGAAGCCAUCCCAUCACCUUCGUGACCGCUGGUCUACCAGAUUGGCAGUUGGCAAUUCCUGAGACGACGUCUCUUGGCUCCAUCGUGAUUCGGUUGUCCUGGGAGGAGCCAAACACGGGUGGCAGCGCUAUCCUGGGUUACCAAGUUGAGAUGGAGACAGACUCCCAACCUGGGUGGCAGAUGAUCUACGACGGCCAGCAAGAUCCAAGCGUCAAGCAUUUGGUGCUUUCGAAUCUUACCUACGGCACGACCUACUUUUACAACGUGUAUGCAAUCAAUGCAAUUGGCCGUAGCCAGCCCAUCUCGACUGCCUACACGGUAGCGGUGCCACUCGAGAAAACCUUCUUCUACCCACUUUCCACCGAUCCAUCCAUCUCGCGAGAUCCAAUUCCAGACUUCAUCAUUGCUGAUGUCCCGACGGACUUGACCAUCCGUGCAAAGAACCCUGUGACCGAGUGGUUCGAGGUGGAUAGCACUCAUCGCAACUACUUGGCUGCGAUACACGACGCCUGCGAGCUGAACUCCGAGCGCACGUUGUGCCUCCCAGUUCCCGAGCAGCAUCCGGACUACCAGGAUCAUCGACAGCGCCUGAACCAGGUCCCUGACUGCUGCUAUGCCACAGUUCCGAACGGUGACGGGACCUACAGCCUGAACUACACCGGCAACAAGACGGGCAUCUAUUCCUUGAUGGUGUACGCGAUCUUCGCCAAUGGUAAUAUACCCAGCUCAGGUUCCAAGGAGCUUCUGUUCUUGUUGCGGUUGCGAGCAGCGCUGAAACUGUGCCGACUGUGGAACAUUCCUCUGCCAAGGUACUGGGAUAAUGCCUGGUUUUACGGACUGCCGGUCCUCUCCAAAGUCGAUGAGACUAUCAGCUUUGAGCGACUUGGCGGCAGGAAAGUCACUGCUCUAGCCGGAGAUCACAUCACUGCCAGGUGGGUGGGCUUCCUUCUGGGCCCUACGACAGACGAAUACACCAUCUACGUCAAGGCAGAUGAUAGUGUUCGCGUUUGGUUUCAAGGUCAUUUGGUCGUCGACUACUGGGACUCUUCCGUUCCAUGUUGUCCUGAGCUUUGGACUCGCCAGCUGCUGGAGAAAGACAGGUUCUACUCCAUCAAGGUUGAGUGGAAGGAGAUGCAAGGCAAUGCGCAGCUGCGGCUGAUGUGGGGCAUCACCGGGAAGCGGAAGCAGAUCAUCCCGGGUGCAAACCUUUGGCGAGGAGCUCCACUUGAAAGCGCGCCUUUUCGGAUUCUGGUGCAUCCAGGACCAGCCAGCACUCAGACCAGUGGUCUUCUGGAGCCUCUGGAGCAGCUUCGGACCGGGGCUUCGCAAAGGCUUUACCUACAGGCUCUCGACACCAUGAGCAACACCGUCAACUCCACGGAUGUCCAGUUUGAAGCGUAUUUCUAUUCGCCGAGCUACACAAAUGCAACUGUUCCGCUUGUAUUCAGGUCCACUCCGCUCAUGUUGCAGAGAAGAGAAGACCACAUCCACGAUCACCUGCACUUCAUC